AUGAAGUUCACAACAACCGUCGCCGUCAUCGCCCUCGGAGCCACCGCCAUCUCUUCGGCCCAAGCUGCCCUCUCGCCCCAAUGCACAACCUACCUCGGCGCCCUCGGCGCCCCCACCAACCCCCUCGCCAAAUGCAGAGUCUACACCACCCUCGGCUUCCCCGCCCUCACCCACGCCAACGACCACGAUACCCCCAAGCUCCAGAAGGCCAUUGCGGAUUACUGUGCCACCCCUGCCUGCACCUCCGACCAGUAUGCUGGUGUCUAUAAGGAUAUUAACACCAACUGUGCUGCUGAUAUGGUUGCUGCCAACCAGGCUGACCUUGGCACUGACAUGUACAUGUGGUACAUGUCCCCCCCACAACGCGAGGCGAUCUGUUUGCAGAGCAGCAAGAACACGACCUGCGUGAUCGACUCGAUUAACGAGAUGAUUGCCCGUGCCCAGUUCCCCAACGCCAACCCUAACGAGGACGACCUCUACGGAUACCUUCAAUACGUCACCCCCAUGCUCUCCGCCAAGGACACCAACGCCACCGCCUUCUGCACUACUUGCAACCAGCAGGUCGCCAACAUCUUCUCCAAUUAUUAUACCAAGACCCCCUCCCCUUACCUUCUGAACUUUGAUCAGAAGUUGACCAGUGACAAGUAUAAGGAUGACCUGUCGUUCCAGUACAAGAGCUCUUGCCAGGUUACCUUGGGAGCUAGCUUCAAGCCUGUUGACAGCAACACGACUGCUGCUUCGAACGGUACUAGCAGCGGCAAGAAUGAUAAGGGCAAUGCUGGUCAGGCUGCUGCUGUCAUGUCGAUGGGCGGUGUUGCUGCUGCCGUUGCUGCCGUUGCCGGUGUCCUCGCCAUGUUCUAA